AUGCGUUUCUCACAAUUAGUAAUUGCCGCUGUCCUAGCUGUCGCAAUCUCUGCCACCCCCGCUCAAAAGGACUUGAGUGCCAGUGAUGCAGCAUUGCAAAGACGAUCUACUGCGGGCAACUUAUUCGAAAGGAGCCGCUCUCACAAUAGCAAAUGCGGGGCCUGUGACCCUUCUGAAUGCAUUGACAAUCCACAAUGCAAAGCUGACGGAUGCUGUCGACCCCGAAGUGAAAGACGAGCUACGGCAGACCCGAUAUUUGAAAAGAAACCGUCUGGCGGAGAUAAAUGCGCGACCUGUGACAGUUCUGAAUGCAAGUCCGUUUCAUCAGGAUGUGUAAAUUUGGGCUGUUGUCAUCCCAGACAUGGUGUGCCAUGA